CUCUCUCUCUCUCUCUCUCUCGUAUCCCCUUGUUCUCUGGUUCUACUCGGAAAAGUAGAUCUAAUUUUGUGGGAAAGAAGCAACAAGAAGGCCCUCAAUCUUCUUCAUACAUGCCCUUUGGCGAAAAUGAGACCAAGGACGAGAAAUCAGUGGGACCAUCACUACAGGAAUCUCUUCUCUGGUAAUGUGAAGAAGACGCCCAAUGACUAUGGCAAAAAGAGUGGGGAGGAAAAGAAUAUUGCUGACAAUUCCAAAGCGGGCUCAACUGUGAAGAGGGGCAGGGGAAGGCCUCGAAAGUUUGACAAUGUGAAUAUAAUAAAAUCUGAUUAUGAUUCAGUUGAAGUGGAUAGGGUUACAGUGAAGAGGUGCAGUGGUAAGAUGUCACCAAUUGACUUGACUGAAACAACAAGUGAAGAAGGUUUCUCCGAUGAGGACUACAGUACGUCGAGUUCCGAAUCUGAUUCUGACGAGAGUGCCUGUGAAAUUGCAAAGAUAAUAAUAAAUGGGAAAGUGGAGAAGGUGAAUAUCGAGGAAGAGAGUGAUGGUCGGGGGAGCCCUAGUCCUAUAAGGCCCUUCAAUCUGAAUACAAAAUCGCAAAACUUUGUUCCCCACAUAAAUGACAAUCAGGAAUUGAUUGAUGGUAGAGUGAACAGAAUAAGAAAAGGGGGCAAGAUAGAGUGUGGGGUGGAGCAAGAAAGUGAUUUGGAGAUUGUAGACGACGAUGGGGAAAAGUUUUCAGGAAUCAACAAGAGUGCAAGACAUAAUAAACCUUUGGCUGGAUUACCUAGAGAUCAUCCAUCACAUUUGAGUAGUUAUGGUUGUGUACUCAAGGACAGGAGAGAUGGAGGCAACAGUGAUUCGAGUUGUGCAAAACGUCACAAACCAGGCUCGGAUGAGAGUUUCAAGAAUAAACCUUUGGGAGAUGCGGGUGGUGGUCACCUUGAAGAGGCGGUGGAAAGGAACCCACAGUUCACGCUAAGCAAAAAGAAGAAUUCCCGAGCAACAAACCAAGACUUGAUCGAGAUUUUAGUUGACUCCAUAAAUUCGGCAAACGAAUAUGAUCAGUCUUAUGGCAAGAAGAAUGAGUUUACUGGGCCAGGCCUUCCGCUCAGGUUCAGGUUUGAGGAUGAGGUGGAGCCUCCACGUGAUAAACCCGAGUGGGAGAAGGAGAUUGACUCCCUCUUCUGUGCUCUGGACAUUGGUCUUAUAGAAUCUGAGAUGGACAGAGCUAGUUCACGCGUGAUAGAAAAUGUCGACAACUUGACUGAGAUUGACAAAAGCCGAGCUGGUUGUUGUGCCAGAGGACAGCAUGUCCCCAUCCUUGACGAACAGAUUGGAAUUAUCUGUAAAUACUGUUUAACCACAAUGCUGGAGAUAAAGCAUGUUUUACCACCAUUUUAUACGCGGCCUUCGGGAAGGCAAAAGUGGAAGGACCCCGAUGAUCCAGCAAGGUAUUCCGCGGAUGAAAUUCAUCUCCACGGGUCAGGCUUUAAUAAAGCCCCUCGGGGCCCGAUCUCCCGCAGCAGGGGCACCGUAUGGGAUCUAAUCCCGGGCGUCGAUAACGAGAUGUACCCCCACCAACGUGAAGGUUUCGAGUUCAUGUGGAACAACAUAGCCGGAGGCAUAAUAAUCGAGAAAAUGAAACAGCCGCUGUCUGGUGGAAGGGGUUGCAUAAUCUCUCACGCCCCUGGGACAGGCAAAACCCGACUCGCCAUAGUCUUUCUCCAGUCAUUCCUUAAGCUGUACCCGUCCUGCAAACCCGUCAUCAUAGCCCCAAAGGGCAUGCUCCUCACCUGGGAGUCUGAGUUCUUGAAAUGGAAAGUCGACAUACCCUUCCACAACAUCAACAGGAAGGAGCUGUCAGAAAACGAGCAAGCUUUUGCCGCACACGUGCUCGUGCGGGCCGGGAAGGGAAGUGGGCCCAUGAGCAUCGACUGCAUCCGCCUCACGAAACUCGCCUCGUGGGUGUCCCAGACGAGCAUCUUAGGAAUAAGCUACCAAGUGUUCACGAAGUUAGCAAGGGGAAACGGAGGUGGAGUUUCGGGGCAAAUCCAGAAAAUGCUUCUCGAGUACCCGGGCCUGCUGGUGCUGGACGAGGGUCACACCCCACGCAACGAUAACAGCCAGAUAUGGAAGGCCCUCUCGAAGGUUUCGACAGAGAGGCGCAUAAUCCUUUCCGGCACUCCUUUCCAGAACAACCUCGCCGAGCUCUACAACACACUCUGCAUCGUGAACCCGAGGUCUGCAAAUGGUCGGAAGAGGCGGCGGCUUGUGGAGAAAAAGAAAUGGGUGGAAUUUGCGGAGGGGUCCAUUGGGCUGAAGAAGGUGAGGGACAUGCUAGGCCCGUUUGUCCACGUCCACGAGGGGACCAUACUCGAGGAGAGCCUCCCGGGCCUGAGGGACACAGUUGUGUUCCUGCGCCCGACUGAGGAGCAGAGGGUUCUUCUAGAAGAUUCCGAGCGGAUAAAAAAUGUCUUUACCAAGAUCCACCAGGUGUCCCUCGUGUCUGUCCACCCUUCUGGGUCGGGCGUGAAGACGACGUUCGUCAUGAAACUCAUACAGUUGGCGGAUGCACUGGGAGAGAGGGUGCUCGUCUUCAGCCAGUAUAUCCAGCCGCUCAUGGUUCUCAAGAAGCAGAUCGAGUCUCGAUUUUCGUGGCAAGAGGAGCGCGAGAUACUGUACAUGGACGGGCAGCUGGACGAGAAACAACGUCAGUCCUCGAUAUCGUCUUUCAACGACGAGAGGAGUGGGGCGAAGGUGCUGCUGGCGUCCGAGCGCGCGUGUUCGGAAGGGAUCAACCUCGUGGGGGCCUCCAGGGUGGUGCUGCUCGACACUGUGUGGAAUCCCUCAGUCGAGAAGCAGGCCGUGAGCCGAGCCUACAGGCUCGGCCAGAAGAGGAUAGUGCACGUGUACCGACUCUUCACGUCAGGGACAGAGGUGAUACAGUAUGCACACCAGAUCCAGAAAGACCGUAUCUCGCAAUUGCUGUUUUCGUCUACGGACAGAGGUGGGAACUUGGGGCCUGGGCCUGGGCCCAACGAGGAUAGGAUUCUCCAGGCAAUGCAACGUCAGGAGGGGUUUGCUCAUAUUUUCGACAAGGUCAUUUACCAGCCAAAGGAAUCCGACCUCAUCAACAUUUUCGGGCCGGAGUUGGGCGGCGUGUGCUCUGUAUGAGCACUCUUGGUCUGGACAUAGUGAUAUGCUUUGUUUUCUUCUUGAUGAUGUAUUAGGACUGUUGUAUUUUUGGUCAGCACAGCUGUUUUGUUCCUAUCCGGGUGAUGUUGCUUGGAUAGUUCAGUUGUGUUUCAUGCUGCUGUUUUUGCCGGGUUCAGUUGUCGGGUGCCCGACUGUUUAGUUCUGCUUGAACAUAACAAGUUGGUUGUGCGUUUCUGUUGUUUAUUUAAUCUUUGAUAUUUUUGUUGGGAAAAUAA